AAAGUAUUUAUCUCAGCAAUGGGACAAAGCUACAGAAAAGGGAGAAGUUGGGAAGAUCUCAAUAGAAAAGUAUGUUUCAGUCUUAACGAAGAGCUGGCCUCCAUGACUGCAGCAGGGGAGAAGGAUGAGUCCCUGCAGAUACCGAGGGAAUAUCCCUUCACGAUGCACACAGUGGGCGCGCAGACCAUGGCCGUCUUCAGCCAAAGCGAAGCAGAUGAAAUCAGUCUGGAGGGGAUGGUGGUGCACAGAGCUGAAUGUCGACCGGUCGUAUCUGACAGCUACAUGAAGGUGAAAAGGCUGCAGAUUGAGUCCGCCAAACCUCAACGUUUGGCGCAGCAGCUGGAUAGAGCUGUCACUACCAUCUUUAAGCCUGUGGCCAACCACGACUUCAAUCUGGAGUUUGAGAAGAAGAAGAAGUCCGAGGGGAAGAUGGUGAGGGCUGAUCGACAGGUGGUUCUGGACAUGCUCUUCUCUGCCUUUGAGAAGCAUCAGUAUUACAGCUUCAAGGACCUGGUGGACAUCACCAAACAGCCUGUGACCUACCUGAAAGAAAUCAUGAGGGAAAUCGGUACAUGCAAUCGCAAAGGAGCGCAUAAAAGCACCUGGGAGCUGAAGCCAGAGUACCGACACUACCAGCCGGGUGAGGAAGAGGAGAAGAGCCCCUAGCUUCAUCAGCAUACCUGUUCAUUUAGAGGAUUCAUUCAA